UAUUACAAAUUUGUGGUGGUAUAUUUUUUAAUAGUAAUUUUUUUUUCACGUAGAAAUGCUCUGUGAGAGAUGAAAGAAAGAUUUUAAAAUAUAAUUAAUUUAUUAAAUAUAAUUUCUAAAAAAACAAAUAUACCCUUCGUUACUCUCCAUCAUCAGAUUUACUUAAAUAUAAUAAACGGUAAUUAGAGUAGUUAGUACGGUGCUAACUUCUUAUAAAGUUAAAGUUAGCACUCUAACUCGUCCCAACAACAUGCAUACCUAAGUGUUCUUGUGAAACACACCCAUUCCACCUUAGCUCGGCGUAUGGAAUAUGGAUGGCAUGUUCCGAACAGUAGCGAGGAGGUGUUGGGUCCAAAUCUAAUUGGCUAUUUGGCUCCGAUUAUGUUUCUACACAAUAAUAUCAAUUAUUUACCACAAAUUCACUUAUAUAUACAUGUAUAUUGUUUAUUUUUUUUCAUGCAAUGUACAAGACUGUGUACAAAAAAUUGAUUAAUGAACUUUGUAAAAUUUAUAAGAGUGCGUGAAAAAAUAGUUCAUAAUUAGUAAAAUUACACAACCGUUUUAUAAGGGAAUGAUGGAAUGAAUGACUCGCAAGUCGCAUCUACCUUCGUCCAUUAAUAAAAUUUCUUGUCCAAGAACACCUGAGACUCGUUUACUCUUUUUGCAAAGCGUGACAGUUGGGGGAGAGAGUACUCUCCUUUCCAUUCAGUAUCCACUUCUUUUUAAAUAUAAAUACACAUCUCCGCCUCUCAUUUUGCAUCACCCACCGCCGGCUACAACCUUUUUUUUUUUUUUUUUUAACAAUAUGGCUGACACAGCUCUCUUCUUGUGCGCUCUGCUUGCGGCCAUUAAUGCUCUGCUGCUACUGCCGCCAUCAGUUGCGGCGGAUCAGUACGGUGAUGAUCAGGUUAUGAGUACUGGUGGUGGUGAAUCCGAUCACGUGGAGGCUAAGCACUUGAGAGUGGCGCCUCGUCCGCUUCUCAGAGGAGGCAGCAGAGGGAUUAUCGGCGUCGGCCACGGGAUUCCCGACAAAGGGUUCCGCCACGGCAGGUUCGGCGGCGGCGGCUAUAGUGGCGGCAUUGGACACGGGGGUGGCAUUGGUCACGGUGGUGGCAUUGGCGGCCGGAUUGGACACGGUGGGGGGCUUGGAGGCGGUGGUGGCAGCGGCGGCGGGUAUGGAGGCGGUGCAGGGGUUGGAGGUGGCGAUGGGUAUGGUGGGCUUGGCGGCGGCGGCGGCGUGGGUGAGGGAGAUUAUAGCGGAGGAGAUCAGCUUGGAGGCGGUGGCGGAGGUGGUGGUGAUUACGAAGGUCUAGAUCCUGGGUACGGUGAUGGAGUAAGUGUCGGAGGUGCUGAUGGUCCCUGAUGAAGCUGACAUCCGCCGCCGGCCGGCUGGCACUCCCGACAAAGGGUUCCGCCGGCCGGUUUAGACCGGAAAUUUGGAGAGUCAUUAUAUUGUACUUAUCCUUAUAAAUUUUAUAAAAUUUCAUCUUUAUAACAUAUAAUAUUACACCAAAAUAACAUGUCGUGUUUAGAUCCAACAUAUAGUGAAAAUUUACACACUUAUAUAACAUCAAUAUUCAAGUAUUUAACUUAGUAUUCAAAAGAUUGAGCUAGGCGGGGAAAAAAUCAGAAAAUAGGUGCAUUUCGCAAAAAAAAAAAAAAAAAAAAAGAUGACACAAUUAGACCUUCAACCUGGUACCUUGUAGCGGUCGCGACCCGGCAGAUGCAUGCGGUCCUUUUUUCUCAUCGGGUUAGGGUCAAAUUGGGUCUACCCGCAGGCCGCCUAUGUGGCUAUAUCUGUGUGUAAGCCUGUAAGGUUACUCGUGAUUUUCACUCCAUGCAUGCACUUCUCACGUUGUGUCUCUUGCGGUCUUACCUUAUGAUAAUGUGCAAAGUAUAUUUGAUGUUCCACCAAAUUGAUCUAAUUGCGAUAAUGUGUAACUAUAUCGUAAUUUAUCCAACAUGAAUCUUAAUGAUAAAAAUGUAUAAAUAUAUUGUCAACUUUUUAACAUCAAUCACGAAGACAAAAUUUACAACUAAUCUAGAUAAAGUUAACGAGAUUAUAUACUCAUCAAGGCGCUUCAUAAUUUUGUAACCAAGGGGUCAUCUGCCUCCACUAAUUCAUUAAUUGAGUUGCUCAUCAAAUUCUUUUAAUAAUGGUGAUAUAGGUUUAAAUUUUUUGUGAUUAAGGUACUAUUUAAGAGAUUGGAAUUUGAGACCUACAAGUUUUGGACUAAUGAUAUUAUCACUAGACCAAGCCAUUUCCGUAAAAUCCACACAAAACUUAAAUUGCUAUUCAAUCUUGGCGUGAACUUUGAAGAGAGCAAAUUUUCUGUGUUGAAUAUUAGAUCAACCGGUUCUUAACAUUGUAUUAGUAUUUUUUCUGAUCGAGAUAAAUAUUUUAUUUGAGG